AUGCCUCCCAAGCGCAAGUCAUCGGACAAUGCGGACGCCCAGCCCAAACGGUCCAAGGUCGGAGGUGUGACUACGGAGAAGGAGUCCCGUUGGUCCAAAGUCUCGUGCUCUGGUAACAUCUACGAGGGUUACAAGAGAAGCACGAGCAAUGCUCCCGAUGCGUACGCGUGGGAAUGUCAGUGUAAAGCGCCAUUCGAAGAGCUUGACGAUAACGAGGAAGAGCCUGCAUCCGAUGAGGAAGAUGAGGAUGAAGUAGAAGACACUUGUGACGACGGCAAGACCUGUCUCUGCGGAAAAUCCGCCGCGGAACAUCCCGACCACCCCUGGGUCUUCACCUUUGCAGGACGGCACAAAUUCUUCUCGUCAAUGCUCCAACUGAGCCUCCGUAACCCGGACUGCUUUGACAUGUAUGUAUACAACGAUUCCUACGGCUGGGGUAUUAUGGAGGUCGUGGAGAAUGUGCUUGUGGAUUUCAAAGAAGCCGAGGGCAAUUGGAAAGAGCAGUGGGCUAUGUGCGAGGCCACUGCCAUGCUUUGGCUACGUCGUGAUCUGAUGCCGAUGUACAUGGUCCCCGAGGGCGACCACGUUAACCAGCUCUGUGGCCUGACUGGAAUCAUGUUCCUAUCCAUGCUGGCCACUUUGGACCGUAAUGGCCUCUUGAAGCAAGAUUCCGAGGUCAAGAAUCUCGGCACGGUCAUGGGACUGUACAUCCGACUUGGAUUUGACGAUAAUUGGCAUUUCGAGGAUCUCAACACUCGCGUGUUUGCCUAUGCGACCAAGAAAAACAUUAAACUUCGUGGUCUCUCGAAACUACAGAGCCGUGUUGAUGGUUUGCAGGCAGAGGCCGACAGGAUCUCGCUUCCUGCAUCUGGGGCCAAAAAAAAUGAUCCCUGGGGUUGGCAAAAGCUCUUGAAGAACUACGAGGAUUACAGCGAAGCCAUACCGUGGUACGCGAUCAAGCCGAACAAGAUGGGUGGUGAUGGCUGCGACAUCACGACCUGGCCUAGCGCGACGCGCAAGAAGCACUGUUUUGAUAAGAAAGAUCCUCUGAGUAAGAAAGAGAUGGAUGCAAUCAAGCAGGGCAUGAUCAUACAGAUGAUAUAA